AUUCUUUUCACCUCCUACGGAUUCCCUCGUCCGUUUUCCAAUCCCUUUCCCCCUAAUUCCCCUCUUGAGCUCUGCAAUUAUUACCUGCCUGAGCAAGGCGGCUUUUUUUUGGGGUCUAUCUCCGGAAAGUUUCGAGUUCGACCAUUGAAGGCUGCCAAUUGGAGGAGCUAUCUGAAGUCUAGGAAUAUUCAUUUGUCCUCCUUUUCGUGUUGUUUUAGCCUUACUCUCAAGCUCGAGCCCUGUCCUCGACGCAUUGUCAGAAGCAGAAAGCAGCACCAGGCCAUUCAACCGUUCACCACUUCCAAUCUCGCCACCAUGUCGCAAGAUUCGGACGCCCCCCAACGUGAGGUUAAAAACCACAUCCUCUUCGAGAUUGCGACUGAAGUCGCACAUAGAGUGGGUGGCAUUUACUCCGUGAUCAAAUCGAAGGCUCCCGUCACUACGGCCGAAUAUGGCGAUCGAUACACACUCAUCGGCCCACUCAACCACCAAUCUGCCGCAGUGGAGGUUGAGGAGUUGGAGCCAACCAUUCCAGAGCUCGUCAAAACUAUCAAGUCGAUGAGAGACCGAGGUAUCGGUGUCUUGUAUGGGAGAUGGCUUAUCGAAGGCGCACCUCGUGUGCUACUUCUCGACACCAAGACCGCCUACAGCUAUCUGGACGAAUGGAAGACCGACUUGUGGAACAUCGCCAGCAUCCCUUCCCCGCCUAGUGACGACGAAACUAACGAAGCUAUCGUCUUUGGGUACCUGGUUGCGUGGUUUUUGGGAGAGUUUGUGUGCCACGAGAAGAAAAAGGCCGUCAUCGCACACUUCCAUGAAUGGUUGGCCGGCGUCGCGUUGCCCCUUACGAAGAAUCGGAGGAUCGAUGUCACCACCAUAUUCACUACGCACGCUACAUUGCUAGGCCGCUACCUCUGUGCCGGCUCGGUCGAUUUCUACAAUAACCUGCAAUACUUCGACGUGGAUGCCGAGGCAGGCAAGCGCGGCAUUUAUCAUAGGUACUGCAUCGAACGUGCGGCUGCCCACACAUGCGAUGUCUUUACCACGGUUUCCCACAUAACGGCGUUCGAGAGCGAACACCUCCUAAAGCGCAAGCCUGACGGUGUCCUCCCGAACGGGCUCAAUGUCACCAAGUUCUCAGCCGUUCACGAAUUCCAAAAUCUUCAUCAGCAGGCCAAAGAAAAAAUCCACGACUUCGUACGGGGUCAUUUCUAUGGGCACUACGAUUUUGAACCGGAAAACACGAUCUAUUUCUUCACGGCCGGCCGAUACGAGUUCCGGAACAAAGGUGUCGAUAUGUUCAUUGAAUCGCUGGCACGCCUCAAUCACCGUCUGAAGUUGGCCGGCAGCAAGAUGACGGUCGUUGCCUUCGUCAUCAUGCCGGCCCAGACCACCUCGCUGACGGUGGAAGCGCUCAAGGGGCAGGCUGUGAUCAAGUCGCUCCGGGACACGGUUGAUGUCAUUGAGCGUGGUAUCGGUAAACGCAUCUUUGAACGUUCCCUCAAGUGGCACGAUGGCGACCCGCUACCCGACGAGAAGGAGCUGAUCACGAGCCAAGACCGUGUCCUCCUCAGGAGACGUCUGUUCGCCAUGAAGAGGCACACGCUUCCACCAAUCGUCACCCACAAUAUGAUGAACGACCACGAUGACCCCAUUCUGAAUCAGAUUAGGCGGGUUCAGCUGUUCAAUCACCCUUCGGACCGCGUGAAGAUCGUGUUCCAUCCCGAGUUCUUGAACUCGGCUAACCCUGUUCUGCCUAUGGACUAUGACGAGUUUGUGCGAGGCACGCACAUGGGCAUCUUCGCGUCGUACUACGAGCCGUGGGGCUAUACCCCCGCGGAGUGUACUGUCAUGGGGGUGCCCAGCAUCACGACCAAUUUGUCCGGGUUCGGUUGCUACAUGGAGGAGUUGAUCGAAAACUCGAGCGACUACGGAAUUUACAUCGUCGACAGGAGGACCAAGAGCGUGGAUGAUUCGGUCAACAUGCUAACGUCGCAUAUGUUGGACUUCUGCCAAAAGAGCCGACGGCAGCGGAUCAAUCAGCGCAAUCGAACGGAGCGGCUCAGCGACCUCCUGGACUGGAAGCGGAUGGGGAUGGAGUACGUGAAGGCAAGACAGCUGGCGCUCCGCCGUGUCUAUCCUGGAUCGUUUGAGGGCGAGGAGGAGGAGGAAGAUGCGAUUCUUGGCGUGGAGCAGAAGAUCUCUCGGCCAUUCUCCGUGCCGGGAUCUCCUCGCGAUCGCACCGGAAUGAUGACACCGGGAGAUUUCGCCAGCCUCCAGGAAGGUAGGGAAGGCCUGAGCACUGAAGAUUACGUUUCGUGGAAGUUGCCAGAGGAGGAAGAUCCUGAUGAGUACCCUUUCCCGCUGACGCUCCGAACCAAGCGCCCAGAGGCUGCAAAUACCCUGAACGGCGGUGCACUCCAGCCCAAAGAGGACGGUAUCUGAGCC